UAUACAAAAUGGCUACAUCCACAGUGUCUUGUAUUACGCAGCUGCCAACUUUUCUUAUUUAAGUGCACUUUCGCCUAUUUUCCCACACACUGAACUAUCUCGGAGGUGUUAAUUAUGAAGCUGUCUUGUAUCGUGAGGCGUGUGCUCACCCCCGGUGGUCCCCUCGGUGUCUUCGCUGGCAAAAGCGCCGGCGUUAGCGUCAGCGUUUCGACUCGAACGGGAGUGCGGGUGAUGAGGUACAGCCAGGCGGCACUUGAGGAGCAGCCAGCCACGCCGGGUAAGCUAGCGUGCUACCGCCUGGUUCACAGGGCGAUGGUCCGGGUCCAAGGAGCCGAAACUGGCUCCUUCCUUCAGGGGCUGGUCACCAACGACGUGCGCGAGCUGGAGGAGCCCGGCGGCCGCGGGGCCGUGUACGCGCACUUCCUCAACGUCCAGGGCAGAACGCUUUAUGACGUCAUAAUGUACAGUCAUAAGGAAGCGGCAACAGGAAGCGGCGUCUUCUUGGAGUGUGACGACACCGUGAAGGACUCGCUCCUGAGACACCUGAAAUUCUUCAAGAUCCGCAAGAAGAUCGACAUCAACCCGUGUCCUGAUCUCUCGGUGUGGGCCGUGCUCCCCCUGCAUCGAAACCACGGCCAGCGUUUCAGCAAGCCCGAGCUCUCCUCGCCGGAGAAGGCCACGGCGUGGGAAACGGACCCGCGGACGCAUGACAUGGGCUGGAGGUUGGUGCUGGGCAGUCAGGCGGACCCCUUGGAAGUCAUCGCGUCGUGUCAGAAAGGUGACACGGAGGAGUACCACAGGCAUCGCUAUUCCAUAGGACUUCCAGAGGGAGUGAAAGACCUUCCUCCAGGAGUGGCGCUGCCGCUCGAGUCCAACCUAGUCUACAUGCAAGGCAUCAGUUUCAGCAAGGGCUGCUACAUCGGCCAGGAGCUGACAGCCAGGACUCAUCACACCGGCGUGGUUCGCAAGCGCCUCAUGCCAGUGCGUUCGUCGGCGCCCGUCCAAGGCCUGGAGGAGGGCGCCGCGCUACACACGCGGUCGGGCAAGCCGGCCGGGAAGCACCGCGCGGGGCUUGGAAAUCUGGGCCUGAGCCUGAUCCGUCUGGCUCACGCCAAGGAGGCGCUGACGGUCAAAUCCGCCGACGACACCCAAAUGACGCUCGAGGCCUCCGUGCCCGACUGGUGGCCCGAAGAGGGGCAGAGCGACUCGGGAGCGUUCAUGUGACUUACAUGACACGUUUCAAACGGAGGCCGCAAGUGAUGUUUCACUGUCACAACUUGAACGUGUUUAUUUUUUUAAAGGGCAAACGAUGAGAUUGACACAUGCACGUCACUGCCACAAACAAAUCAUGUCGAGAAAGGUCUUCAGUUUUAACAACGUGACAAACAACGCUGUUUGAAAUAAAUAAACGU